UUGUUGAUCUCUAUGACGACGAGGCUUUUAAUGCCUUCAGGGGUUGUGGAGAGACUAGAAGCAGAUUAUGUACGCAGGUGUUGCUCCACAGGCUGGCGGACACUAUGUAGGCCAGUUAGACGGCCUGAUAGUCACAAAACACAGCGACCGGAUUUGUUCUUUUACUGAAACAGCAAGACGACGCCAGAACCUGCUGCUGUGAUAGAUCAUGAGUGAAACAGCUUGUUCAAAGGCUCAGGAGGAGUAUGAGGAUGACUUUGAGAAAGAUUUGGACUGGCUUAUCAGUGAGGAAGGCCAGAGUGAGGACCAGGGUCCAGACUACGAGGAAAUAGAGGCAGAAUUUGACAAAGAACUGGAGGAGAGUGAGAAACGACAGAUAAUGGAAAGAAAGGAGAAAAACUACAAGGAAGUGAAGAGACACAACAAAACAGAACAGCUGGAAGAAGAUGACGAAAGGUGGCCUUCUCCUAUGGAGCCACUGGAGUAUGACUCGGACAGAGACAGUUCAAGUAAGUCAUCACCUAUAGUCCCACCUCCUCCAGAGAUGGAUGAUCAAACAGAUGAAGAGAAGAAGUACAUUCUGGAGAAGAUCCAGCAGGCAAAUCGGGAACUGCAGGACCAGGAAGUGCCGGAUAUGACACGACGCAGACGACUACAUUUUAAAGAGACAUUGGUGGACCUGGUGGUGCCUCCUCUGCAGUUUGAGAAGGAUGGCAACAGUGGUGAAGUAGAGGGGAGAAAUGGCAGCAGUGAUAGAGCUGAGGAUGCACUUGCAGAUACUGAAGUGUCAGGAAAGCUGUCUGAGCUAAAGAUUUCACCUCGCGAUGAAAGCAGGAGAUCUGAAGGUGGUUCUAGCAGGGCUGGGGAGAGCAGCGAGGGAGGGCAGGGGAUGAAGGAAGGCAGAGUCCUUGUAGAAAAGGAUGGGAAGUUUGACCUAGUUAGCCUAAAAGAGGUGGAGAGUCAAGUCCUUUUCCCUCCUUUGGCGAACAACUUCAGUAACAGUUCACACUUUUCCCCUCAUGUCCUGGAGCAGAAUGUAAACUCUGUCAAGAGCCACAAUUCCUCCUCUUCUCCUCGCAAUCGUGCUGGCUCCUCCUCGUUUCAGCAGGGAAUUGAUCACCGUUGGGCCCCCAGACCUCCAGUGCAACCAAAGAGCAGGCCUAGCUCAGCCAGCCAGAAUCAGAGAGGCAGCCAGAUGAAAAGCAGCAAGCGGCGGGUGCAGUCUGCCACAGAGACACCCUAUCAUGGCACUUAUACCCUGUCCCCCCAGCAGAAAGAGCAGCUGAAGAAGAUCCAGGAGAGGAAGCAGAGGCUGGCCAGAGAGGCAGAGCAGAGGAAGCAUGAGGAAGAAACGCUCAAGAGGCAGGAGAACGAGCUGGCAUUCAAAGUCUGGCUGAUGAAGAAGAAAGAGCAGUUUCUGGAAGAGAGAAGGAUCCACCGAGCCCAGGAAAUAGAGAGAAUGAAUUGCAAACAAGACUUCAAGCUUGACCGGGAGGAGUCCUUCAGGUUGUGGCUUCAAAGGAAACAGAAGCAGCAGCAGAAGGAGAGGCAGCUGGUGGAGCUGAAGAGGCUUGAGGAGGACAGUGGGUACCUCUUACGCAGCCGUGAGGAGUGUGAACAGGCUUUCAAAUUAUGGCUGAAGCGCAAGUGGGCGGAGAAGCGAGCAGAGCAGCAGGCGGCUCAAGAGCACUCCCGCAGGCUGAUGCAGGAGGAGCGGCGUGCAAGACGCUUGAGGGACUUGAUGUGCACCGCCACGGAAAACAAACCAUUCAGAUUCACUGAACGGCUGGCCUACCGUUUCUGAUCCAAACCAACCCAAUACGCCCAUUAAAGUCACAUAUUACCUCACAUGGCUCUUAAAGUAUGGAUCUGGUCAGACAGCAGUGUCAUCAGGAUUUUGUUUCAGAAAGCAGGUUUAGCGGAAACUCUGAGUAACAGCUGGCAGAUUUUCUUCAACAAACUCUGAGUUUCUCUCUGACUCCUCCCCUCCUGCUGCAGAUGAACUAGCUGACUGACACACUGCUUCAUUUCCUCAUUUAUGUGUCAUUAAAGUGCAUAGCAGGGAACAAUAAAGUUCACAUGAAAUCCCAGUUAGAUAUUAGUUUAGUGGUCAGUAUGGCUGCUGUCAGUCAGCUCCUCUGAAACAUUUACAUUACUGUUGCAAAAUGAAUCUGUAUGAUAUAGACUCUGACUGUAAAAUGAUGCAAAGGGUUUACAUGGAAGUCUAAAUGUUAAAUUUAAACACACUGAUCAAUGACAGCCUUAUUGGUUGUGUUGUGAUCGGUCACAGUGAUGGAAAAAAUGUCUGUCACAGCAUUUUCUUUGAGAUUAUUUAAGCGAGCGUGAGACUGAAGUGACUAAAACUGGACUAAGAGUAGUAGUUUACAUUUUGAAAGGUAGUGUUUCAGAAUUAAAAAUUUGAAACUCAAUUUUUUUUUUCCCAAUAAGUCUCUUUGAGUCUAAGUAAUGUCACAGAUCCAUAAGUAAAACAUCUGCUAAAUUAAUUUAAAACUCAAUUGUAAAAUUUGGUCAGUUUCAUCUUUAUGAUCUGUCACUAAAAAUUCAAUUCAGUGAUGACUGAAAAACGAUUAAAAUGAUGCUUUUCCUCUUUUGUUCUCUCCUUUUAUUAUCAGAUAAAUGUUACUCCAGCUGCUGGAUUAAAAUGGAUUUUCCGCUGUUUAUGUGCCCAUUGCCAUGGUGAACCCUGGUAACAAAGCUCCAUCAUCUAGCUCCUCGUUCACUUAAUUCAGUUUUAUCAGCUCUGACUAUGUUCGCCCUAACUCUGAUCAGCUGGAGCCAAAUCAGUUUACUGAGCCUGCUUCCUGGAACAGAUAUCAGAGUUUUUCUUGCGUCAUUUAUUAUAGUGCUGAAUCAUGCUAAAGCAUAUUUCAACAAGAGCACCGCCGAGUGGGUGCCAAUGUGUUGCUGUGUUGGAUUCGUAAUGGGGAAAAGGGGGAGAGGCGGGGGUCAAAGUGCUGUUACAGUAAUCAGUCAGUGAACAAGUGAGUGAAGUUUGAUGGGUCUAGUACGAACAGUAUUUAUCUAUGGUGUGAAUUUUAACAUCGUUCUCGAGUUACAGCUGACAAAGUUUUUGUGGAACAAGGCUGUAAUUAUACCUCGACCUUUUCUUCUAAACAGCAGAGUUAAAAAACAAAAAGGAUACCAGUUACCUCUACUCUGUAAAUAAUAGGGUAACAUUAACUAUAGGUGUGGAAUAUGUUGAGUGCUUUUUGCUGUGGUUGACUGGUUACAUAAAUAUGGACACGCCCAAACUUUAAGUUACUU